AUGGCGUCCCCAGAUCCGACUAUUGAUCUCCACUGGGGAGAUUAUCGUGGUGCAAUCCAUGAGAUAUUUGCCAAGAAUGCCAAAUCCUUUCCCGACAGAGAGUGUGUCGUUGAAACUAAGAGCUCACAAAGAAAGGAGCGCUCAUUUACAUAUCGCCAGAUCCAUGAGGCUUCAAACCUACUAGCUCAGCAUUUCUUGAGCCAUGGAUGCAACGUUGGAGAUGUUGUCAUGAUAUACGCUUACCGAGGCGUUGAACUCGUGGUGGCCUAUAUGGGUGCUCUCAAAGCUGGCGCGACUGUCAGUGUGAUUGAUCCACAGUAUCCUCCUGAGCGCCAAACGGUGCUAUUAGACGUCGCCAAGCCUAGAUUCCUUGUCUGCAUCGAAAAGGCAAAUGAGGAGUUCGGCCCACCUUCUGACCUCGUCCUGAAGUUUGCCUCGGAAAAUCUGAGCCUCAAGUCUACUAUUCCAGCGCUCGAGCUGUUAGAUGAUGGCGAGCUGAGAGGAGGGUCUGUCGACGGCAAAGACACCCUUGAUCCCUCAGUAUACAGCCGAGAGGACCCCAUCAAUGUUCUCAUUGGACCUGAUUCCAUUCCUACUUUGAGUUUCACUAGUGGUUCGGAAGGAAGACCAAAGGGUGUCCAAGGUCGCCAUUUCUCUUUGACUCACUACUUUCCUUGGAUGGCGGAAAGAUUUGGCCUCUCAGACCAAGACAGGUUCACGAUGCUUUCUGGAAUUGCCCACGACCCAAUCCAGAGAGAUAUCUUCACGCCACUUUUCCUCGGUGCCAAAAUUAUCUGUCCGCCGGCAGAAGCGAUUGCUUACGAGGUCCUGGCCGAAUGGAUGAAGGAGAACAGCGUCACUAUUACCCACCUGACCCCCGCCAUGGGCCAGAUUCUCGUUGGAGGCGCUACUGCUCAGAUCCCCUCUCUUCGAAAUGCGUUCUUUGUGGGCGAUUUAUUAACUAAGAAGGACACAAACAAGCUGCGCAAUCUUGCGCCCAACACAAGUGUCAUUAACCUUUAUGGGUCGACAGAAUCGCAACGGGCGGUAUCUUAUUUUGAGAUUCCAAGCAGGGCACGGGAGCCUCUAUUCCUGGAUACCCUACCGGAUAUCAUCCCAGUCGGCCAGGGUAUGCAAAAUGUUCAGCUCCUGGUUGUAGACCGCGACGAUAGGUCUCGAUUGUGCCAAGUCGGUGAGCAAGGAGAACUGAUGAUUCGCGCUGCCGGACUUUCGGAGGGCUACCUUGGAGAUGAUGAAAAAACUACAUCUCUAAACAGGGAUAAGUUCCUUCUCAACUGGUUUGUGGACCCAACCAUAUGGGCUCAGCAGGACAAUGGUAAGAGUGCUGCUGAGGCUUACAAGCCAUGGGGUUACAAGGGACCGCGAGAUCGCCUGUAUAGAACCGGUGAUCUUGGCCGGCGCCGUGAAGAUGGAAAUGUAGAGUGCACUGGAAGAAUCGAUUCGCAAGUCAAGAUCCGUGGCUUCCGAAUCGAGUUGGGAGAAAUCGAUACACACCUUUCACAGCACCCAUUUGUUCGCGAAAACGUCACUUUAGUUCGCAGAGACAAGGACGAGGAGCACACACUCGUCACUUAUUUCGUUCCUGAGACAAAGCGCUGGUUCGAACACGUUCAAAAGGAAAGUGGACAACUGGAGCCAGUGUCACAGGAUGAGUCGAUGGGUCAAAUGCUUCGAAAGUUCAAGUCACUUUCCGAAGACUGCAAGAAGUACCUCGCUACUAAGGUCCCCAAAUAUGCCGUUCCUAGCCUCUUUAUUCCUCUGGCUCGCAUGCCGUUGAAUCCCAAUGGAAAGAUAGACAGACCUGCACUUCCGUUCCCCGACGCCGCGGAUCUUAGCUUCCUAGCGAAGCGACGAGCCUCGUCCGUAUCUGUAAACCUGACACCAACACAGACUCGCCUAGCUUCGAUCUGGGCCUCUGUGCUUCCAAACAGCUCAGCAAGAAUGUUUAGACCGGAAUCUAACUUUUUCGACGAGGGAGGACACUCCAUCCUUGCACAGCAGAUGUUUUUCAGCGUGACCAAGGAAUGGAAGGACAUCAAUCUGCCGAUCAAGGUGAUAUUCCAAUCUCAGACACUUGAGGCUCUUGCCGCAGAGAUCGACCGUGCUCAGGACCCCAUCGGCCUGCGUCUAGAUGCGAUGCCCCUCGAUGGAGACAAGAAUGUUCUGGACGAGGCGUAUGCCGCCGACGCAAGGGACCUCACAAGCAAAAUCCCCAAGUCUAUUCCCACAGCAGGCGCAGUCACCUCCCCUCGCGUGCUUCUCACCGGAGCCACUGGUUUCCUAGGCUCAUAUAUUGUGCGCGAACUCCUCGAGGGCCCUACCAAGGCAAAUGUUAUCGCCCUCGUACGAGCCAAGGAUCCGGCGGAUGGUCUCGCUCGACUAGAAAAAGUAAUGACGGCCUACGGCUUAUGGUCUCAAGAAUGGGUAACUUCGUCUAGGCUUGAAGUCGUGGUGGGAGACAUUGGUAAGCCGCAGCUUGGCCUUUCCCAGGAUGUUUGGGCUCGCCUUUCUGCCGAGGUCGAUGCUGUCAUCCACAACGGCGCCCAGGUCAACUGGAUGCUGCCAUACUCAAGCCUUCGAUCAGCCAACGUACUCAGCACACUGGCCUGCAUCCAGCUUUGCGCCUCUGGAAAGGCUAAGAGGCUAGCAUUUGUUAGCUCAACCUCUACGCUGGAUAACGACCACUACGUGGAGCUCUCUAAGAAGGCUGGUGCCGUGAUGGAAGCGGACGACCUGGAGGGAAGCCGAAAGGGCCUUGCCACAGGUUAUGGACAGUCCAAGUGGGCGAGCGAGCUCCUGGUUCGUGAGGCCGGACUUCGUGGCCUGGCCGGUGCCGUCAUUCGUCCUGGCUAUAUCACGGCUGAUCCAGCAUCCGGCAUCUCUGUGACAGACGACUUCCUGGUCCGACUAUGGAAGGGAUCAUUACAGGUGGGUGGUCGCCCGGAUAUUACCAAUACGCUCAACGCCGUGCCCGUCACUCAGGUCAGUCGUAUUGUGGUUUCCUCUGCGUUCCACCUCUCUGCGGCAACUGGACAAUCUGUAGCUGUGGCACAGGUCACCAGCCACCCGCGCUUGACGCUAAAUGAUUGGAUUGGUGCUCUUGAAGUCUAUGGCUAUGAGGCCCCCAUAAUGCCUUACCCAGAGUGGUCCGCAAAGGUCAAGGAGUAUGUCAGCGACGAUACCAAGGAGGAGCCUCACGCUCUGCUACCCCUCUUCCACUUCGUCGUGGGAGACUUGCCCGGCAACUCCAUUGCGCCAGAGUUAGAUGACGCUAAUGCCCUGGCGGCGCUGAAGCUCUACGAGAACGAGUCGAAUGUCUCUCAUGCUGUGGAUGUACAGUCGUUAGGCGCGUACUUGGCGUACCUGGUUGCUAUUGGAUUCCUCCCUCCCCCAACCGGGAGCGGCAAGACCCCGUUGCCAAAGCUGGACCUGGCCGCAUCACAAAUCUCGGCUGCUAGCAGCUUUGGCGGCAGAUCUGCUAAGCCGUAA